GGAAGAGGUCUGGAAUUAAUUUAAGUCGCAGCUGCAGAAACUAUCGGAAGCCUGCAUCCCAAGAAAGGGGAAAAAAACCAUAGGCAGGAGUUGUAGACCAAGCUGGAUGAGCAAGCAUCUCAGAGAGGUGAUUAAGAAAAAGCAGAAAGCUUUCCUUGCUAAUCCUACCCUUCUUCCACUCCUUGUAGGCUAUCUUAGUGAGGUCAGAACAUGUAGGGAUAAAGUGAGAAAGGCUAAAAGCCAAGUAGAGUUGAACCUUGCAAAGGGAAUUAAAACCAAUAGUAAAAGGUUCUAUAGCCAUAUAAAUAAGAAGAAAACAAAGAAAGAAGUGGGACCGCUACACACUGAGGAUGGAAAGGAGGUUAAGGAUAACCUAGGCAUGGCCCAAUAUCUAAAUAAGUACUUUGCCUCAGUCUUUAAUAAGGCUAAUAGGGAGCUUAGGGGUAAUGGAAGGAUGACAAAUGGGAAUGAGGAUAUGGAGGUGGAUAUUACCACAUCUGAGGUAGAAGCCAUACUUGAACAGCUUAAUGGGACAAAAUCGGAGGGCCUGGACAAUCUUCAUCCGAGAAUAUUAAAGGAACUGGCGCAUGAAAUUGCAAGCCCGUUAGCGAGAAUUUUUAAUGAAUCAGUAAACUCAUGGGUUGUACCGUACGACUGGAGAAUUGCUAACGUAGUUCCUAUCUUUAAGAAAGGGAGAAAGAGUGAUCCGAGUAACUAUAGGCCUUAUGUAAGGUCUUGGAAAAAAUUUUGAAGGAGAAAGUAGUUAAGGACAUUGAGGUCAAUGGUAAUUGGGACAAAUUACAACAUGGUUUUACUAAAGGUAGAUCGUGCCAAACCAACCUGAUCUCCUUCUUUGAGAAGGUGACAGAUUAUUUAGACAAAGGAAAUGCAGUAGACCUAAUUUACCUCGAUUUCAGUAAGGCAUCUGACACGGUUCCACAUGGGGAAUUAUUAGUCAAAUUGGAAAAGAUGGGGAUCAAUAUGAAAACUGAAAGGUGGAUAAGGAACUGGUUAAAGGGGAGACUACAACGGGUCGUACUGA